UUCCUUUUAACAAUUUUAUGUGUUUUUUUUUGACAAGUAUGGAUUAUAUAUGCUAGUGAUUUUGUUUGUGAAUGUACAUGCUUCCAAUGUCUUGUUGGCUUGUUGUCAUGUUUUAUAUUCUGUGCCUGUGCACAUUUGUGAAUAAUCUGAAACGCAAAUGUGUAUGUAUGUAUACUAAUUUGCUUUGAUGACAGAUAUGUUAAGGUCUUUGUUACAGUAUUUUUGAGUUAAUCCUUGGUAGCUUUCUGUAAUUACAGUGAGACAACCAUUUAAGAUUUUUUGGGAGCAGUGAAUUUGAACAUACACUCCAGAAAAUCUUAAAUGGAGGUUAUUUAACAGUUAGAUUGUUUACUUGGUAUUAUUGAACUUUAAUGUUAAAUGAAGAUAAACUUCAAAUCAAGGUAUAUUAAAUAGGAGUGCUACUGUAAUUUGGAACCAAAUGGUAUUUGCUGAUGUAUCCUGCCUGAAAUGUGGCUUCAAAAUUGAACUUCAGUUCAUGGAUUCAUUUCUUCCUGCAAAAGAAUGUAUUUGCACCCAAGACAAUGCACCAAAUUCCCAGUGUGCUUUAAAUUGCCACAGUGAGAAAAGCAUAUUUCUUUUUAUGUAGAAAUUCCUAAUGAAAAGUUGAAAAGGUAUAAAUCAGUAGGUAAUGAUCAAAUUUUUGCACAGCUUAUUUGAGAGAAGGGAUUCAUUUUACCGACUAUGUUCUUGGCUCUCAUUUCAUACUUUGUUCACGUUUCCUACCAAUUGCGUAAAUAAAUUGACAUCGUUGUGAUUAGUUCACAUAAUGGAGGAGCCGGGUGAAUCUUACACACUUAAUGAAUACUGCAAGUUGUAUGUUUAGAAUGAAGUAUAUCAUGUAACUCCUAGUUAUGGAUAAUAGAUGGCGGUAGUGUAAGUGUAGCGAACGGGGCCAUUACCCAGUAAUAGCGUAGAGUUGCAUAUCUCUGCGUAACUAAUCUGUAGAUACAAGCGAUACAAGUGUGUUAGCGUACGUUUGUCAUAGAAAUGUGCAGUGAGAUUUCUCAUAUUACUGAUGUUACUGAUUAUUUCCGCUUUGUUCGAGAUAAUUUCCGGUUGUAAUGUGUCUGUUGUUAUAAUGGAAGAAACUGCUACAAAUGAGGAGGCGACAGAUGGGGCAUCCAUUGAAUCUGUGUGCGCUGGGUGUCUCAACAUUCUUGAUGAGGAAGAGUUUAUCCAAGCAUUGAAUCAGGAAUGGCAUAUGGAAUGUUUCAGAUGUUCAGCAUGUGAUGCAUCACUCUCAAGUUGGUAUUUUGAGAAAGAUGGGUUGCUGUUCUGUAAAGAUGAUUACUGGACAAAAUAUGGAGAAUCUUGCCAGGAUUGUGGACAGAUCAUCACAGGGCCAGUGAUGGUGGCUGGAGAUCACAAGUUCCAUCCUGAAUGUUUCUGCUGCACGUCAUGUGGUGGCUUCAUUGGGGAUGGAGAGUCCUAUGCUCUCGUGGAACGUUCCAAACUGUACUGUGGUCCAUGUUACAAACGACAGAUGCAGCCUCUGAGCAAGACGUCAGGAACUCCAUUUGUUCGCAAGCCGCAUUCAAUUCGACUGGUGGAGAUUCCACCUACUGGUGAUGGUCAGCGUGGCAUCAAGUUGAGUGUGGAGAGUGCCCGAGGUCUUCCUGUUACAGCUGAGCCCUAUGGUUGUCGUGGCCUUCGUAUUUCUGAGAUCCUGAGCAUUGUUCACACCAAAGUGGGCAAAUUUGCAGUUUCUCUUCUCGAGGCAGCGUUUAGAUUGUGCUGCCAUCUCUCCCGUUAUAGGUUGGACAUGAGCAGUGAUCUUAUGUCGUUACAUAUUGGGGAUCGAAUCUUGGAGGUGAAUGGGACUCCUGUCAAAGAUCAGCCCAUAGAGAAUAUAGAGAACCUCAUUCGUUACUCUGACACAGUCUUGCAGCUGACAAUUGAACAUGACCCAGAUGCCCUGAAUCGGCGACGGCCAAGUUUUCCAUAUCCUGCAUCAAUGAUCACCCCUCCAUCUGCACCUAGUACAGGAGUGUGUGGAUCACGGACUCAUCCACCUGAUCGUGAGAGGCUAUUUAAGCGACGUGAUGAGGGAUACAUCAGUGGCUCUCGCAGUAGGCAGCUUCGCCGUGGGAAAGGGAGCUGCAGCAAGGAACGUUCUUCUUCUAUGUCUCGGCUUCUAGAAGGGUCACCUCCAACCCGUGAAACCUGUGACCUUUCACGAACCAGGUCUUUUAGAGUUGAACCCAAGAGUCAGCGUAUCUUUCGAGCAUCAGACCUUGUGAAAGGAGAAUUGCUUGGUAAAGGUUUCUUUGGUCAAGUGUACAAAGUGACACAUCGAGACACAAGUGAGGUUAUGGUGCUGAAGGAACUAUACCGAGUAGAUGAGGAGGCCCAAAAGAAUUUCCUCAAAGAGGUGGCGGUGUUGCGCAGCCUGCACCACAACAAUGUCUUGCGUUUCAUUGGAGUCCUGUAUAAAGACAAGAAGCUGCAUUUGGUCACAGAAUUUAUUUCUGGCGGCACCUUGAAGGACCUCAUUCAUGACCUGAAUGAAGCUCUGCCCUGGGAACAACGAGUCAACUUUGCCAAGGAUAUUGCAUCGGGCAUGUCAUAUCUCCAUUCCAUGAACAUCAUCCAUCGUGAUCUCAACUCUCACAAUUGCCUUGUUAGAGAGGACAAGACUGUAGUCGUGGCAGACUUUGGGCUGGCACGAAUUAUCUCUCAGAACAACAACUCAAGUAGUGGGGGUGUUGGUGCCAGCAUGGCAGACCGACGUCGUUAUGGCAACAAGAGAGGCGGCAGUGGUGGCACCGGAAGUCGAAGGUGUGAACGUAAAAAACGAUACACAGUGGUGGGCAAUCCAUAUUGGAUGGCACCAGAGAUGAUGAAAGGAAAUAAGUAUGAUGAGAAAGUGGAUAUUUUUUCCUUUGGCAUCGUUCUCUGUGAGAUUAUAGGUCGUGUGCAUGCUGAUCCCGACUAUCUGCCUCGAUCGUCAGACUUUGGUCUGAAUCAGCAUGUAUUUCGAGAGAAGUUUUGCUGCCAGUGUCCUGAGCCAUUCUGCCGAGUGGCCUUUCUUUGUUGUGAUCUGAAUCCAGACAAGAGGCCACCUUUCGAAGUAAUGGAAGUGUGGCUGGAAGGCUUGGCCAUGCAUCUGUCUGUUGGAAUGCCCUUACCUCAAGACUUAGAGUUUGACAUUUACAACUACACAGGUCGCAGCCCAAGUUCGUCUGAAUCUACAACACCAGAAGCUUUAACACCAUCAGCAAACCCACCUUCUCUCCAGCCAAUUAAGGAGGGAUGCUGUCAACAAAGUCACAUAGUUUCCUCACCUCGACCUAAAGCUGGAGGCGGAACUACACCUGUGCGAUCUUCUUCUCCUGUAGAGAGUACUGCACUCUGAUUGGCAUGAGGGAUCAUAUUGGAUGGUGUAUCAGGUAUUUCAGCAUGGCAGUUACCCAUCUAGUUAAUAACAAAAUACUGUUGCAUUUGUAUGAUAAGUCAAUUGUUUCCUUUUGUCACACAGUAUUUGAAACCACAGAUGAGAUGCUGGUACAGUACCACGUUACUAGCAGUAUGAUCACCUACCUGUUCUUUUGUAGUUGUAUUGGUAGAGUUUUUGUUACAAGAACUUUCAUAAGAGUAUAUGUUACUGUAUUGGCUUGACUAUAAGCCACUCGUCUGUAGAAGCUGCACCUGAAUUUUAAGAGGAAAAUAAUAAAAAAAAUUAAUAGAUCUUACAAGAUGCAGCAGGUAGUGCUCUUGAUUAUUCCUUGAGUUUCUUACUGCAGCAACACUUUGUUAAGAUGAUUUACUGGGACCAAAUGUACCUAUUGCAUUUAGUGAAGGAAAUGCCAGUUGGGGAAAUUAUUCUGUGCACUUUCACUGCAGUUACUUGAAUUUACUUUUCAGAUUUGCACAUCAGAUGUAAAAGAGAAAUUUAACUUUCACAUAUUUCUCUGUAUUCUCCACCAGACUAUUUUUGUAUGUUUGAUUGGAGGCAGAAAUGUCUUCUCUGUGAGUAUACUGUACUUUAUUUCCAGUAUUUCUGAAUUAAGGUAAGAGAGCUCUGAAGGUGGUCUGAGACAGCAUUAUAGUACUCUGCUCUCAAGGUCAUUCUUGGACUUUGUUCAUUAUCAAAAUUAAAAUUGUAAAAUGUAAAUUAUUACUUAUGCCAAUUCUUUCAGUAAGAAUUCUUAUUUUGUACUGUUUACUUCUAUGAGGAGAUAUGUUCUUGUUGAACACAUUUCCAGUAUUUCUGAAUUAAGGUAAGAGAGCUCUGAAGGUGGUCUGAGACAGCAUUAUAGUACUCUGCUCUCAAGGUCAUUCUUGGACUUUGUUCAUUAUCAAAAUUAAAAUUGUAAAAUGUAAAUUAUUACUUAUGCCAAUUCUUUCAGUAAGAAUUCUUAUUUUGUACUGUUUACUUCUAUGAGGAGAUAUGUUCUUGUUGAAAAUUCAGGAUCUUCUGGUGGUUGCUGUGAAGACUGCUCUCUUCUGGGAUGUGACACCAUGUAAUAUGGUAGACAUGUAGCAUGCUACAUCACAUCUUAGAAGACUGUAAUCUUCCAGUGUUCUUUCUUUCUUUUGUGGGGUAUGUAAUGAUGCUGUCAUGAACUAGACUAUGUAGUGUCAGAUCUUUUGGUAUGUUCCUUCACAGACUGCGUUAAGGCUGAAAAUAGAGACUUACUGAGUACUGUACUGUGGCUGACUGCAAUAGUAUUUCUGGUAAUGCACUCUGUGGUUUGGAAAUAUGUUGGUCAUACUGAUUUUCCAUGAAUGAAUGGACCAUAUGAAACAUAAGAGGUUAUGUGUAGUGUGUACUUGGCCUAGAAUUUAUGAAAUUUGGAAGUAAAUGAUUUGCUUAUAUUUCACUGUUCCCUCUGAUCAUUCAUUUUUCUCAUGCCUUCCCUAUUAACACAUAAUUAAACAUUAUUGUUCUAGUAGUACAUUUACAGUUGCUACAUCAUCUCCUUAAACACCAUGUUCAUGUUAUUGAAGAAUUUUGGACCAGCCUCUAUUCAGAAUUGGGGGUUUUUAUAUCUUCUGGUCAAAGUGGCCAUGGACAUUAAUAUACGUGGAGCUUGCAUUCUUGACUUGAAUCCUGACUAGUAUAUGGAUGUUAUUUGCAUUUUCCACUGCAACUAGUAAUACUAUUUAAUAUGGUAGGAUGACUCCACAUCCAAAUAAAAGUAGUUCAGGUCAAGGUAACUGUUGGAGGUAUUGCCCAGGUUUGUGCCAUGAUCAGAUAUAUAGGAGCCAUUGUCUGUGGGGGAAAUAUUGUGAUCCUUCAAACUCUGCUAAGAACCAUAAGCUGAUUGUUGGUACAUGAAUCCGAUGUAGGUCAACCAGUGAGUUAUCAGUACAGUGUUCUAGAUGUGUACUCCAUUGUAGCUACUACUGCUCAGGUACUGUUUGAAAUUUAUAAUAUACUAAUCAUUGAUCUGUUUGUUGUCAUCUUUGCCUGCUGUGCACAGGAAAUAACCUGUGAAGCAUGCUAGGCUUCUUUAUCAAAGUAGGUUUAUGUUAUUAUAUUAUAUUUAAGCAUCCUGUUGCACUCGAUACGAUAAAU